CUUACUGAGCUGAAGAGGAAUGACAAGACGGUGGGGAAGCCCACAGCUUACAAGCUGGUUCAGCUUUUUGCAGAGGAGUCUGUGAAGCGCCUCUUGCUUCCUAGCCUUGUGCCCUCUACAGCUUCAAUGAGUUUGGCUCAGGGAGUUAGUGUGCCGGCUAGCGUAUCUGAAGAUAGGAUUUCAUGCUCUUUUUCUACAUCAGCAUUUAGUGACACAGUCAGCCUGUUUACCAAAGUAAUGGUAAGCCAGGUCAUGGACUCUGUGGUUUCUGAUGCACAAAGCAGAGGGUCAUCUCCAACCGGAACUGUAACUGAUAUAGGCAGUCUACUGAGUGGUAAGUCCUACCCUCUGCCAUCUUUCUCCGCCAUCAGCAUGACAACAAGUGGGACCUCCAAUGCUGCACGAGGCUUUGAGGCCAACAUAGAUGCUGAGGAAAGGGAUACCAUCAGUUGUUUCGGUGUACCUCAGAGCAUUGUUUGUGAUCAGAAUUCAACCAGCCCGGAUGUUGCCUCGCUUUCAACCCCAUCCACUGACAACUUAGUCGGUGAUGAUGACUUCACCGGCCUCAUCAGCAUGUUAGUGGUGAGACUUCUGUCAAAAAUCCAAACCCAAACUGAUCUGUACCCAACUGAGGUCACACGCACGUCACAAGACCUGAUUCCAAAAGUUAUAGCUGCCUUCUGUGCAUGGUCAGGCUGCUCUGAGACCCAAGCUUAUCCCAAGAACCUGAAGAGUCACAAAGUAUACAGCACCGUCUACAAACAUCUGUUGAAGGAGUUUGGCUCAGAGAAAAUACUCCAACUGGCCGUGUCGACUCAGGACUCCACUUUCAAUAGGAUUCUUGUGAAGUCAUUGAGCAAGGAGCUUCUCCACAGUUGUAACGAGGCAUCAAGAGCAGCCUCAAGAACAUCUUUUGAAACCACCAGGCCAGAAGCUCUUCUCAUGGCUGAAGAUGUGAAGGCUACCAGAGGGAAGCUGUCUUUCCUACAAAGGCUUGCCAGACUGAAAUUCAACUUAAAGCCAUUCAUGAUGGGAAACAAGAAGGAUUCCAAUAAGAAUUCCCGCCAUUCUGAAUCCAAAGACCAGACUACUGCUGAAGAUAUCAUGUUGGCACAUCCUGCCACAUUUGGACUCCCAGAGGGUCUUCCCUCCACCUCUCAACAGGAGAAGCCUCGCAAACGUCCCCUUCUAAUCAGGAUGUUUUCCACCAUCUCCAUAGGCUUAUCCAAGCCAUUCAAACGGUUUUCAAAGCAAGCUUAAUACAACAAUUUCCUUUAAUACAGUAAUAUUUGCAUUGAAUUGAUGGCCUUUGUCUUCUUUAGUGUUGCCCUGUUAACACAUUUGAUUAGAAAAUACAUAGUAUAUUUAGUUUAGUUUAUUAUGCAGUCAUAGUCACGGUGUAGGCUUAACAA